AUGGAGAAGGGCAGUUUGAGAUUGAUUUAUGUACUGACCCUAGUCAUGUUUUUGGGUGUCUGUGCUUCCGGAUCAAAAACCGAGGGGAAGAGUGGAACAUCUCCAUGGAACCAGCAAGAAGCUCAAGAGCUUUUUGCUCAAAAAAAGAUCUUUGGGGAUGUUGGAGUUAGUGACUUUGAUCAAGAUGAAUUCCAUAUGGAGAUGUCAAAAGCAGAAUAUAUGGAGGAUGCAGAUGGCGGUUCUGUGCACACACCAUCUGAAGAGUUUUCUGGAACUCACCCAACUCCAACAUCUCAGUCAGACCUACCCAGUUUGAGUCUGGCAUCUAGUGUCAACAAAGAUGGCAGCACUGGUGGAAUCCCCACUAAAAACAAUACCACAGAACAAGACAUCACAAGGAUCUACAACCCUCUGUUCCCAGUAACAACCAGCUCCUACAGUGCCUAUGGGAUCCUGUUUCUGGCCCUUGUAGUGUUUGCUGUAGGGAUUGUGGGUAAUCUGGCAGUCAUGUGCAUCGUGUGGCAUAACUACUUCAUGAGGAGUGCAUGGAACUACAUCCUGGCCAGCCUGGCUUUCUGGGACUUCCUGGUCCUGUGUUUCUGCCUGCCUGUGGUGGUGUUUAAUGAACUCACCCACAAACGGCUACUGGGGGAUUUUUCUUGCAGGGUUAUACCCUACGUGGAGGUAACAUCUCUAGGUGUGACAUCCUUCAGUCUGUGUGCACUUGGUAUCGACCGUUUUCAUGCAGCCACCAGCUCCCUCCCAAAGGCCCGGCGAGUGGAGCGUUGCCAGUCCGUCCUGACCAAAUUGGCAGUGGUGUGGAUUGGUUCCAUGGUUUUGGCAGCCCCAGAGCUACUCAUCUGGCAGCUGCAACAAGUCAAAUCCCCUUCUCUGGGUGUCCAGAUGGAUGUGUGCAUCAUGAGCCCAUACCCAAACCUCCCAGAGUCCAUUUACUCUCUGAUCAUCAACUACCAUGACACUCGCAUCUGGUGGUACUUUGGCUGUUACUUCUGCCUGCCUGUGGUCUUCACUUUGCUCUGUCAGCUGGCCACCUGCCAUGUCUCCAACGAUAGUGGAAGCUCUGGCAAGCGGACCGAAGACCGUUCUCCAUCCACAAAGCAGAAACUUCAACAUGCACAGCAGAUUGAACGGCAACUGAACUGCACCGUCAUGGCACUGGCCGUGGUUUAUGGGGUGUGUGCGCUGCCUGAGAACGUAUGCAACCUUACUCUGACAUAUGCUUCUAUACAGCCAUCCAAGGAUGUCUUGGCUCUCCUCACUCUGAUAAAUCAGUUUUUCCUAUUCUUUAAGUCAUCUGUGACGCCAGUGCUCUUGCUGUGUCUGUGUAAGACUCUGGGCCAGGCGUUUAUGGACUGCUGCUGCUGCUGUUGUGAGGAAUGCCAACCCAGCACCUCCUCUUCCUCCCAAAACAUUGCUGAAAGCAAGCAUGAGAUGUCCUCAUCUAUUUUCUUUGACAAAGCCAAGGACAGCACAACCAUUUUGUCUAUUGGCAGCUGA